AAGCUUGACCUCCUGAGCUUUACCUCUUAGUAGGUAUGUGAUCUUGGGCAAAUGGUUAACUUCUCUGCAUCUCAGUUUCCUCAUCUCUAUAAGGGAAAUAAUAAGACUAUUUUGAGGAUUAGCUGAGUCAAUAAAGUGCUUAACACACGGCAGCAGGGUGAGUGCUCAGAAAUGUUGCUGUUCUCGUUCAUCAGACGUCCUUCUACAAGAGUUAACGGAGACACACACAGAGGCUUAGUCUCCUUUUGGUACGUGGUCAAAAAUGUCACCCCCAUCUCCCUCCACCAAAAGGCCUGUAUCCUCUCUUUCAAAUUCCUCCUACCCUGCCCACUCCCACUCCCCCUCCCCUGGCCCCUGGCCCCAGUGUGGUCUGGAUGGGCCCCACAGGGGCAGGGACAGGGACAGGACGUGGGGCUGUAUCUGACAGGAACCUGAGGGGCUGGCCCGGGAGGGGAUUGGGGCCCGGCUUCCUGAAGGGAGGAUGGGCUAAGGCAGGCACACAGUGCCGGAGAAGAUGCCCUUCUGGGCCCUCUUGAUGGUUACCUCCUGCCUCCUCCUGGCCCCCCAAAAUCUGGCACAAGUCACCAGCCCAGAUGCCUCCUCGCUGGCCUCGGACUCAAAGCCCCUGAAAUGUUUCUCUCGAACAUUUGAGGACCUCACUUGCUCCUGGGUUGAGGAAGAGGCAACGCCCACUGGAACAUACCAGCUGCUGUAUGCCUACUCAGGGGAGAAGCCCCGUGCCUGCCCCCUGACUUCCCAGAGUGUGCUCCCCUUUGGAACCCGAUAUGAGUGCAAGUUUCCAGCCCAGGAUGAAGUUCGCCUCUUCUUUCCACUGCACCUCUGGGUGAAGAAUGUGUUUCUGAACAAGACUCUGACCCAGCAGGUGCUCUUUGUGGACAGUGUAGGCGAGCCAGCUCCCCCCAGUAUCAUCAAGGCCAUGGGCGGGAGCCAGCCAGGGGAACUUCAGAUCAGCUGGAAGGCCCCCGCUCCUGAAAUCAGUGACUUUCUGAGGUACGAACUCCGCUAUGGCCCCAAGGAUCCCAGGAACUCCACUGGUCCCACAGUCAUGCAGCUGCUGCCCACAGAUACCUGCUGCCCAGCUCUGCGGAGGACAAAUCCAGCCCCAGCUCUGGACCCGCCACCAUGUGCUCAGCCCAUGAUGCCCCCACAGGAUGGACCAGAGCAGACCUCCCCAACUAGAGAAGCUCCAUCUCUGAUAGUGAUGGGUGGAAGCUGCCUCAUCUCCGGGCUCCAGCCUGGUAACUCCUACUGGCUCCAGCUGCGUAGCCAACCUGAUGGGGUUUCCCUCCUUGGCUCCUGGGGAUCCUGGUCCCUCCCUGUGACUGUGGACUUGCCUGGAGAUGCAGUGGAAAUCGGACUACAAUGCUUUACCUUGGACUUGAAGAAUGUUACCUGUCAGUGGCAACAACAAGACAAUGCUAGCUCCCAAGGCUUCUUCUACCACAGCAGAGCACGGUGCUGCCCCAGAGACAGGGAGCCCAUCUGGGAGAAGUGUGAAGAGGAGGAGAAAGAUCGAGGAUUAAAGCCCUCCCAGUUCGCCCGCUGCCGCUUCAAGUCACGAAAUGACAGUGUUAUCCACACCCUUGUGGAGGUGACCACAGCCCAGGGUGCUGUUCACAGCUACCUGGGCUCCCCUUUCUGGAUCCACCAGGCUGUGCUCAUCCCCACUCCAAACUUUCACUGGAGGGAGGUCUCCAGCGGGCAGCUGGAACUGGAGUGGCAGCACCCGUCAUCCUGGGGAGCCCAAGAGACUUGCUAUCAGCUCCGAUACACAGGAGAAAGCCAUCAGGACUGGAAGGUGCUGGAGCCGCCUCUCGGGGCCCAGGGAGGGACCUUGGAGCUGCGCCCGCGCUCUCGCUACCGUUUACAGCUGCGCGCCAGGCUCCACGGCCCCACCUUCCAAGGUCCAUGGAGCGCCUGGUCCGACCCAGUGAGAGUGGAAACCGCCUCCGAGACCGCCUGGAUCUCCUUGGUGACGGCUCUGCUUCUGGUGCUGGCCCUCAGCGCCCUCCUGGGCCUGCUGCUGCUGAGGUGGCAGUUUCCUGCUCACUACAGGAGCAUGAGGCAUGCCGUGUGGCCCUCACUUCCAGACCUGCACCGGGUCCUAGGCCAGUACCUUAGGGAUACUGCAGCCCUGAGUCCGCCCAAGGCUCCAGUCUCAGAUGCCUAUGAGGAACUGGAACCCAGCCUCCUUGAAGUUAUACCUAAGUCCUCAGAGAAGGCUCCCUUGCCACUAUGUUCCUCCCAGACCCAGAUAGACUACCGAGGAUUGCAGCCUUCUUGCCUGGGGACCAUGUCCCUGUCUGUGUGCCCACCCAUGACUGAGUCCGGGUCCUACUGCACCACUCACAUCGCCAACCAUUCCUACUUGCCACUAAGCUGUUGGCAGGUCCCUCGCUCCCAGUACCCUGGACAGAUCCAAACCCUCUAGCCCUCUCUUCCCAACCUCCCUCCCACCCCACCCCACAACACAAACAUCUCAGAGCUCACUUGCAUCCCCCUCUGUCUGCCCUUGUGGUUGUGAUUCACCACACUGAUCUUUCAAUACUGCUAUGACAUAAGUCCAGGAUCCUCCAGGCAAGGCUCAUUUGACUAAGCUCCUCUAACUUCCACCUUCUUCCUCUCCUUUUUAAUGCCAAGCUCCUCAAGAGGUCUGCACUUCCCCACUUCCCAUUUGCAUUUCAGACUACUUCAAUCUGUGCCCCUGCUACCACUUUGCUAAUGAAACUACUCAGGCAAGUUUGCCUCAAACUUUCUAAUUGCAAGAUCCAAUAGGAUCUUGUUAAUCCUCAAUUUUUUUGAUCUCUCUGUGGUAUUUGUCAUGUUGACUACUUAUUUCUCCUUUAAAUUCUCUCCUCUCUUAACUUUCAUAACAUCACCAUCUCUCCUGGCUCUGCUCCUGCAUCUCUGAGCAUAUUUACUAGAAGUUAAGAGCAUAAAUUCUGGAAUCAGAGCUGGGUUCAAAUCCUGUCUUUCCCACUGCUAGCUGUGCAACCUUGGGCAAAGAACUUAAAGUCUUUGAGUCUUAAUUUUCUCAUCUAUAAAUCAGGGAUAAUAACAGAACCCCAUAGAGUUGUGAAGAGGAGUAAGUGAGAUAAUCUAAAGCACAGUGCCUAGGACAUAGUAAGUGUUUGAUAUAUCUAAACUAUCAUAAUUACUCUUUCCUAAUCUCUUAUCCUGGCAUCUCUUCCACUCCUUAAUUUUUGCAGUCCCCCAUGACUCCAUUCUUAACCCAGUCUCCAAUCUGUCCAUUGUCAUUGCCUUUCCUAUAUGUGACCGCUCCAAAGUUCUCAUCUCCAGCCCAGACUUCUACUAAAUCACUUGUGAUGCUUUAUGCAAGUAACUGUGUAUACAUCUGCCUCCCGCUACUAGGUUGUGAGCUCCUUGAGGGCAAGGGCUAUGACUUAAUGGUCUUUUCCCCCCAGCACCUAGAGUAGUGCUUAAUGCAUGGUAGUAGGCCUCCAAUAAAUGUUUUCUAAAUGAAGGAAAUCUUUCUGUACAAUGCCACCUUAACCCCAUGCCAACGUCCCUCAUCCUUUAAGCCAUUCAUAUGCAGUGGUAAAUGUGCUUAGGUCAUUUUGGUUACGGAUUCCGCUGACCCAUUCAAAUUCUCAAACAAAUGGUAUUUUUUGCUGGCUCCAAACAUACCCACUGUGUCCAUCAGAGUCUUGGCAGAAAUAGAUGGCACACUCAAACUGGGUAUCUUGGGAGAGUUUAAUAAAGGGCAUAUUCAUAAAGAUAGGCAGGAUUUAAGAAAACCAUCAACAGUGCAGUACCCCAGGGCUAACAACAGCUGAGAGCUGGUACCAUCCCAGAGCAUCUAGAGGAUAAGGAGAGAGAGUGAUUACUAGAUAUGGAGAGAAUAGCUGUAAGAGAGGGCUGCCUGGCAGGAGCUGUAGCUUCCAGUAGAGAGAUACAGCCAACCUGUGGGGAUAUGCCAGGAAGGGAGCCGGGGGAAUAAAUAGCUCAUGCUCACCCCCCACCCCGAUCUCCUCUGUAUUAGUUUGCUAGUGCUGCCUUAACGUACUACCACAAACUUGGUGGCCUAAACAACAGAAAUUUAUUGCCUCCAGUUCUGGAGGCCACAAGUUCAAGGUGUCAGCAAGGUUGGUUCCUUCUGAGAACUGUGAAGAAGAAUCUGUACCAUGCCUCUCCCCUGGCUUCUGGUGGUUUCCUGGCAAUCUUUGGUUUUCCUUGGCUUGUAGAAGCAUCACCUCCAUCUUUGCCUUCAUCUUCACAUGGUGUUCUCCCUGUGUGUCUCUGUGUCCAAAUUUCCCCAUUUUAUGAGGGCACUAGUCAUAUUGUAUUAGGGCCCACCCAAAUGACCUCAUCUUAACUAAUUACAUCUGCAAUGACCCUAUUUCCCAGUAAGGUCACAAACUGAAGUACUGGGGCUUAGGACUUCAACAUAUGAAUUUGGGGGGGGGAACAAUUUAACCCAUAAUAUCCUCCCAUUGGUGGAACCCAAACAGAAACUAGAGCCAAAGGGGAUCCAUUGAUGCAGGCCACAUGAAUCAGCCUCACAGGGCACAGG